CCGAGAUCCUCUCCCCUCAACCCAGCUCCGCUCUCUCGCCUUCCCGCGGCUCGCUACCCCGAAUCGCCGCCGACCUCCGCCGUCGCCGCCGCGAGCUCGCCGGUCGGCGGUCCGAAACCGAGGUACAAUUUGUCCCCGCGGGAGCACGUGAUCGGGAAAGCACCCUCGUCGCGCGCUGAAUGAUUUUGUUCAGGCGCGUGGUGACGUCCGCCAUGAAUGCCGUUUGCUUCCAGAGGACCUUCGCCGCCGCGGCGUCGCCGCUGGUCCCGGGAGGCACAUCUCUGGUAUGUCGUGCCCGAUGAAGUAAAAAGCUCAUCCCUUUUACACGAUUAUUUCGAUAUUUUAUCACCAUGUGAGAAGGAGAAUGUUUCCCGCAAGCGGGGGGAGCAGCUCCAGAAGGCAGCUUUGCUGGCCCGUGCCCUUGUUCGAACGACCAUUGCAAGAUAUCAGAUUAAUGGCCAAGUUGAUCCAAGAUCCUUGAAGUUUAAGAAGAACAUCCAUGGAAAACCCGAGUUGGAGUGGAAUGACAAUCCAUGCCAGAGUGCGUCAAGGCUACAAUUUAACAUCUCACACACUUCUUCUCUUAUACUUUGCGGAGUAACUGUUGAUUCACUGAUUGGUGUUGAUCUUGAAGAAAAGCAAAGGAAAUUGAAGAACGAUAUUUUAGCCUUUGCUAGGAGGUACUUUACUCCGCAUGAAGUGAAAUUUUUGAGUUCAAUUUCAGACCCUGGAGUUCAGCAUCAGUAUUUUGUGAAAUUAUGGACUCUAAAGGAAUCUUAUGUUAAAGCACUGGGAAGAGGCUUUUCUGGACUACCUUUCAAAAUGUUUACCAUACAGUUUGGGAAUGCAGAAAAGGGAGACUCUUGUAUAUCUGGUGAAACAAAUAACGAGGGUGAGAUAAUUGUGAAAUCUCUUGAGCACGUUAACAGCGUCAGCAGCAAUUGGCAGUUUGCUCUGCUGGAAUUGGCAGGCUCUCACUAUGCCGCCAUCUGCAUGGAAAAGGAUGAAGCCGUUGAAGGCAGAGUGCCUACUCCUAUGAAGUUAACCGUGAGGAAAACAAUACCAUACAUGCGAGAUGAAUUUAUUUCUGGACCUGAUGCCGUUGUAAUAAGUGGCUUGACUUGAGGACUGAUAAUUUGUGCCUUCAGUUAACAUUUGUUGCUACUCAUGCUGCGCUGCAAUGGUUGACAGCAAGAAUCUCACUACUGUGGGCGUCAAAUCCAUAGUCCGUCUGAUGUUCUUGAUC